AUGUCUGGCCGUGGGAAAGGAGGCAAAGGACUUGGUAAGGGUGGCGCAAAGCGUCAUCGUAAAGUGCUUCGUGAUAACAUUCAAGGUAUCACGAAGCCUGCCAUUCGCCGUCUAGCUCGUCGAGGUGGCGUGAAGCGAAUUUCUGGCUUAAUCUACGAGGAAACGCGUGGAGUGCUCAAAGUUUUCCUUGAGAAUGUCAUCCGUGAUGCAGUUACUUACACUGAACACGCCAAGAGGAAGACGGUAACUGCCAUGGACGUGGUGUACGCUUUGAAGAGACAGGGCCGUACUUUGUAUGGUUUUGGAGGUUAA